CGGAUACCCCCGGACUGAGACCCCCGGGCACAGGAUCGGGAUCCCAGCCAUGGACACCUUCCAGUCUCCAGCCGGCUCAUCCCGCAGGGAGAGACCAGAUGCAGGGCCCGUAUCCGUCACCAUCCCGGCCUCUCCCUUCAUGCAGAAGUUGGGAUAUGGCACCGGAGUCAACGUGUACCUGAUGAAAAGGUCUCCCAGGGGUUUGUCCCGCUCCCCCUGGGCCAUAAAGAAGAUCAAUUCCAAGUGCAACCGGAGCCAGCAGAGCCUCUACGGGGAGAGGCUGAGGGAAGAGGCCAAAAUCCUGCGGGACCUCCAGCAUCCCAACAUCAAAACCCCUCUGACUGGAUUCUGA